GAUGUGAUGUCAGGGGAUAGAGGUGGAGUUGGCAGUCCCAGCUAGAAGUGGGAGGGAGAGAGCUGUCAGCUCAGUGCUGAGAGUCACAAUUCAGUUCUCAGUAUUGAAGCAUAGUAACAAUUCAGCAGCUCCUAGUUUAUAUGUGCUCUCCUUCUCCCACAACCUGAGACGCACAUACAAACCCAACAUGGAAAACAAGCGACAGCCAGAUCUCCUGGACACUCAGCCACUCCAGGAAACAGAUGAGGAAUUGACAACCGAAGCUGAAUUUGCUGAAAUUAUAUCUGAGGAAGAGAAGGAAGAACUAAAGAAUGAAUUGGCAAAGCUGGAAGAUGAAAUUGUAACUCUACGUCAAGUGUUGGCUGCCAAAGAGAAGCACCUUGCAGAAAUAAAACAUAAGUUGGGAGUCAGCAUGAUGAAUGAACUGAAGCAGAACUUCAGUCGAGGCUGGCAUGAUGUGCAGACCCAUUCUGCAUCGGUUCAUUGUAGGUACAAGAAGACACAAGAGACCCUGAGCCAAGCUGGAAUAAAAGCAUCUACUGCAAUAACUAAUGUUGGAAGUGCAAUUGGCAAGAAGCUGGGAGACAUGAGAUCACAUUCUAUUAGCUAUUCUAUCCGUCACUCUAUAAGCAUGCCAGCAAUGAGAAAUUCUCCUACAUUCAAGUCUUUUGAGGAACGUGUUGAGAAUACAGUAACUUCACUGAAGGUCUGUCAUAUGGAAAAAGCUAAAGUAGGAGCAACAAACCAAACACAAGGAAGUUUUGAAGAAGUUCUGAGCUCUACUGCCCAUGCUAGCGCCCAGAGUUCACUGGCUGGCAGCCUUCUGCCUGAAGCUGAUGAAGAACUACAGUGAGGACAUCUACUAAUGAUGCAUAUAGCUGCUCAGUCAACACCUUGCCUCUUGCAAAAUACUGUCAUAAAUUCAGAAAUGUAUAUGUUUUGUUUCCCUUCAAUAAAGGUAAUGGUGUAUAAAUUUCUGUUCUGAACCAAAAUAGUAUAGUGUCCCUAAUAUGGGGGGGGCGCGGAGUAGAAAUUUGAUUUAAAAUAUCACACAAGAUAACUCCCGAACAGAUGUACAGUAUGCAUUUAAGGCACAAUUACACUUGUGAUAUUAAUUGCUUAUAGAAAAAGCAUAUCAUUUUCAGCAAAGAUUUAAAACCCUGUUUAAGUCUCAUAUAUUCUAGGUGCAAAAUGGUAUUUAAUCUCUUGCAAUUUAUUACCUAUUCACUCUGAAGCAGCUAUAUCCUAAGAAGGAAAGUCUGUCCCCUGACAACAGCUGCAGAGAGGGACCCUUCUCUCUGUGUGCAAGCAGUGGUCUUUUUGCAGAGGUCCAACACUCCCUCCCUACUGAGUCAGACCUAUAGAUCUGCAAUCGCCAAAGCUCAGUCACGAGCUAACAGGCAGGGAGGGGAGGACACAAGAGAGGACAGAGGAGAGAGCGGAUGGCGAGGGAAUGUAAACUGACCAGUGUCAGGGCUCAGCAGCCAUGGUAAACUGUGGUCAGUUUGCAGGGGGGGGGGUCAGAACCAGGCAGGAUCAGCCAAUUAUUUCAGGUUAUACAGGGAGCCAAAUUACACAGCACAUGAACUGUGCUGUUAUUCAUGCUUUAAAAGGGACAGGAUCAACUAUACUUGGUCUUUCUGACCCCCCCCCCCCCCUCCAUUCAUAGAAGCCAUAGUACAAAUGAAAUGUGACCUGUGAAUGGAGCACAGACAGAUAAUUGAAAGGUCUUCCCCCUUCAUUCAUAGAUCACAUUUCAUUCAUAGAAGCUGUAAUAUGGCUUCUAUGAUUGGAGGAACUGGGCAUUAAAACAUUGUUUUUAUGCACUUGGAAUGUAUUUAUAAAAAGCUCCUGCCCGCAAGCAAUUAAAAUCUCUUGCGUAAUU